AUGGCAACGUUUGCUAUUCGGCUGGCCGCAAGCAGCUCUCGAGCGGCACGGCGCACCCCCGCAUGGACACAUGGCCCAUGGAUGCGAACGCGGAGUCUGCAUGAACGGAGGCCGCUUGCAUAUUCAAUUGAGGAGGGUCUGGGUGAUUUCCUGCCUCCUCGGGCAUUGAAGACAAUUGCUGAGGACUACCAGGAGGGGCUGUUGGAGAGACUGAACGAGCAGGUCAGAGAUACUGCGCUGGAAGGCAAGAGCGUCACGCAAACUGUGGUGGAAGCGGCCCGUGAUCCCAGCCAGGUGCUGGCAUGGAACUACGCCAGCGAAGCUCUAAAUAAUUCGUUCUUCCUGGACUGUCUCAGACCACCAAAAACUGGUAGCAGCUCGAACCAAGCAGCCCUUAGCACGUCCACCAUGUUCACCCGGAUCCGAGAGCAGUACGGCAGCCUCGAGCAAUUCAAAUCGACGUUCAGCGCCGCGGCGCUCGCCAUGUUCUCUUCUGGCUGGGUGUGGUGUGUCUGUGACGAGUUCGGUAAAAUCGCCGUGUACCCAACCUUUGGGCCUGGCACGCUCCUUGUGCGCUCCGGUGAGAGCGCGUUCCAGACCGAAUGGAGCAAGGUCCUUGGCGAGAUCAUUGUCAAGCGCGCACAAGAGCAAGAACCUCUCAAGAGCCCCGCCGCUCCUGCCUCACCGUCCUCUGGUGCCUCGCACCCCGCGCAACCGCUGCAGCCGCCGGCACAGUCACGGAGCUUCUCGACGACGGCUUCUUCGCGAGAUGACCUCAGCGGCUUCGUGCCCAACAAGGAUGACAUUAACAACAUUUUCUCAGAAGGUCGCAUAGAGGAUGAGCAGAAGGAUCACGUCGGCGACACACUAUUUCCCCUGUUCUGCGUAUCGGUUCACGAGCACGCAUGGAUGAGUGCGGGGUAUGGAGUGUGGGGCAAGGAGGAGUACAUGCAGCGAUUCUGGUCAGUGCUGGACUGGGAGCGCGCCGAGAAGGCGUACAACCACUGGAGUGCGCGCAGGUUUGAGUGA